AUGCCCCGAGCAGUCGAGCCCCCUCCCCGCCUCACCAAGACGCAUGACUGCUGGCAGCGAAACCGAUCCCUCAUCCUUCUCGCCCAGUUUCGCGCUCGAUUGCUAUCCACCGCGCCUCGAUUCCCUUGUGUUGUGGCCUCAUUCGCCUUGGCGUCGAUCACCCGAAAGGUCGCCCUCCCUCUGCCCUCGCCACCGGUAGCGGAUCCAAUUCCUACGGCUUAUGGCUUGAAGCAAAUCGUGCUGGAAUCUGUCGCUGGCUUUGCCCCUCCUUCGUCUUCAUCACCCCUCGUUGCGCCGUCUGGGCCUCGAAACCUCCUUCAAUCGAUCAUCAUGCCUCCCGAUCGAACGCUUCCCGAUAUCCUCAUGCCGGGGAAUGGCGGCUCAGGCAGCCCUCGUCCCUGGGGAAGCGGCGCCGGAACAAAUUCUCAAACACAUUCUCCUAUCUCCCCUAUCGAUGGCCACCAGCCCUUCGAGCGAGCACCUGCUCAGCCACUUGUCACAGCUCCCACAGCUGUUUACCAACCAGAUAACCGGACUCCGAGGCGUCAGGACUCAGACCAGACAGAACAACCACAAGAUUCAUCGGCUCCAAGAGACAGGCAACGCCCUUAUCCAAAGGGUGCCAAAGCACCCACUACCCGCACUUGUAGGAAAUGUGGAGAGCCACUAACCGGCCAAUUCGUACGCGCUCUCGGAGGGACCUUCCACCUAGAGUGCUUUAAAUGCAAUGAUUGUGGAGAUAUCGUUGCGUCUAAAUUUUUCCCUGUUGAUGCGGAGGACGGAAACGGACAAUAUCCUCUGUGUGAGACAGAUUACUUCCGAAGACUGCACCUUCUCUGCUAUGAUUGUGGAGGUGCUUUACGGGGCUCCUAUAUCACCGCCCUGGAUCGCAAAUAUCAUAUCGAGCAUUUCACUUGUUCCGUUUGCCCGACUGUAUUUGGCGCGCAAGACUCGUACUAUGAGCACGAAGGUCACGUUUACUGUCAUUACCACUACUCUACGCGAUUUGCUCAAAGAUGCAACGGAUGUCAUACUGCUAUCCUCAAGCAGUUUGUCGAAAUAUUCCGCAAUGGCCAGAAUCAACACUGGCAUCCUGAGUGCUACAUGAUCCAUAAAUUCUGGAAUGUAAGGCUCGCACCGGCUGGCCAACAGCUCGAGAGACCCGAAACAGAUGAAGAAGCCACCGAUGCCGAGCGCGAAAAAGUGCGACAAGAAGAGGAGCUGAUGGAGGAGAAAGUCUACAAAAUCUGGAGCAUCCUGUCAACAUUUGAAGAGUCUUCCGCUGCCUGCAUAUCUGAAAUGCUUUUGCACGUCAGUAACGGCGCCUAUGUGGAUGGCGUGCUGGUCGCAAGAAGUUUUAUCGCCCAUGUUGAGAUUCUCUUUGCGGCCAUCGACAUGCUAGCUGGCUUGUUGAAAGAACAGGGGGUGAAAGACCUGGCAUAUGGACGUGAAUCAAAACUUCUCUGCAAAAAAAUUGUUGCAUUCUUUUCGCUUCUUUCAAAGACUCAAGAGACUGGAGUGAGAAAGCUGGGAGUUACCCAGGAGUUGCUAUCGCUUGUUACCGGACUAGCUCAUUAUCUGAAGCUCCUAAUUCGCAUCGGGCUGCAAGGGUCUUUGAAACUCGAACGAGCGAAACACACGCCCGAUGGCCUUUUCCGCUUUCUUGAUCACCUAGAAAACCAUCUUCAGGAACUCAAAGCAUCCGAAGAGGAGCAGUCUCCCGAUCUCGUGAUUGGAGCCAGCAGUUUGGCAGACCAGUACUCUGAUUGUUGCACUGCCUGCAAAGAACCUAUAGAUGAUGCGUGUGUACUCCUUGAUGAUAGGAGAUGGCACAUAAAACCUCCUCAUCUUACUUGCGCUUCGUGCCAGAAAGAUCUCACUGCGGAUAUUUCUGACGCUAGAUGGAGCGAGACAGAGGAUCUUGCAUUCUGUGGUGGCUGCGCUUCACAAACAGGUCGUGUGGCAGAUCUCCGUGAUGGCUUUACUUAUGUUUCCAAAUUGGUGCAGUACGUAUUUCUUCUGAAAGUUGCUCUUGCAAGACUUCUUUCCGUACUGCGUUCGAGUGGUACGCUUCCACAUAGCACAGAUGACCCUAAUUUGAAUGCAUAUGAUGCGAAUGAAGGUCACCGUGUUGAUCAAACAAGGGACAUAUCAGAACCUGGCCCCAGAGCUUCAACUACUCGCUCCUAUUCCUUCACUGGCUCGAUAAAGAAUGAAGAGUCUUCCCUUGAACAAACUGUUGGUGAAAUGCGCAGACUGCGCUCUAUUCGCAAUGAGCGAACCUUAUCGACAACUUACAGAAAGGCUCGCGCGUCUAGAAUCAUUGACGGACCAGAAGGAAGAAGUGCCCGUCCAGGCUCGGCGGGUGGCGAAGGUUCCGAUCAACGGAAUGCAGGCUUUCAAAUAAUAGAAGAGAAGGACCUCAAUGGAGAAAUGGUGAAUGAACUGCAUUUCGGCCACCAAGAUGCUCUGACACUGGACGAUAUCCCCAGAAUUGUGGCAGCCGAACAGGCAAAAGAGCAACGACCCAAUGCUUCCAAGUACGCCAGAAGUAGUCUGAUCGGUUCUGGAGAUCCGCAAGCCAAGUUGAUUUCAGGCCACCGGCGAGAUAUGUCUGGGCCGCUGGCAAGUCUCCCUGCGGAUGCUACGGGGCUAAAGACGAAGAAGUACUUCUCCGAAUUAUCGGCGUUGGAGUAUUUUAUUGUCAGACACGUCGCAGUUCUCUCUAUGGAACCAUUGUUGGAAGGCCAUUUUAAUUUGGAAGAACUCCUUUCGUUAAUCGAAUCUCGCAAGCCCACAAAAUGGAAUAUCUUCGGACGCGCGUUUAACAAGGAGAACAAGAAAGCCGGGAAGAAGAAAGGCGUGUUCGGGGUAAGCCUCGACUAUCUUGUUGAUAAAGAAGGCGCCGAGUCGACGCAUGGUGUCGGCCCUGGAGCGCUGCGAAUUCCUGCUCUCGUUGACGACGCAGUGUCUGCAAUGCGCCAAAUGGACAUGUCCGUCGAGGGUAUUUUCCGAAAGAACGGCAACAUUCGCCGCUUGAAAGAAGUUGCCGAUCUUAUUGACAACAAAUACGAACAAGUCGACCUGAGUAGGGAGAGCCCAGUGCAAGUUGCUGCGCUUAUGAAGAAAUUCCUCCGAGAAAUGCCAGAUCCUCUUAUGACCUUUAAACUUCAUCGCCUCUUCGUCAUCUCACAGAAAAUUUCGGAUCCCGAAAAACAAAAGCGUAUUUUACACCUUAGUUGUUGUCUACUGCCCAAGGCUCAUCGCGAUACCUUGGAAAUUCUCUUUGCCUUCCUCAAUUGGACCGCUUCAUUCUCCCACAUAGACGAGGAAUCCGGUAGUAAGAUGGAUAUUCAUAAUCUCGCGACUGUGAUAACCCCGAAUAUUCUAUACCCCAACUCAAAAACCGCCAGUAUGGACGAAAGUUUCUUAGCUAUAGAAGCAGUGGCAUCCCUUAUAACAUUCAAUGAUGUCAUGUGUGAGGUCCCUGAUGACCUCCAGUCGAUACUGAAUGAUACUAGCUUCUUUAAAGAUAGUGCCGAUAUCACGACCAAGGAAAUUCUGAAACGAUAUGGUGAUUUCGGAAAGGGCGCUGUUGCUCGAAGAGUCACGCCAGGCAUCGAUCAAGGAUCUGGCUUGACUCGGAACAACACUGCUCCGGUGACUGCUCGUAUCGAGACGGAUCCGUCGCAAGCAACGGCGUGGCAGAUGCAAAGUUCAGUGCGCCAUGUUCAAGCACCUGGUGGGCCAGCAUACACAGCAAUGCCGACCGGUCAGCCGGGAGGGGAAUUUGGCCCUUCAGAUCCUGACCGCAGCGCCAGUGCAAAUAGCCAAGGCCGACCUCCCCAGCCUGAUCCACAACAUCUUCCGUAUCGCCCUCAUCCUGAUGCCGGUCCUAUGGGAGUUGCUGGUUGA